AUGAUUUAUGUAGGCGAUCGCUUCCACUCAGAGUUCAGCACUGUUGCUGCUACUCCAAUCAGGUGUGCACUGGGAUCCAAGUUCUAUGUCCUGCUGUUUUCGGACCUGUCUGCAAUCUACAACGGGCAUGUGCAUCAGGUAUGCUUUGUUGUUCCUACGCACUAUCCAUCCUUUGUCAGUACCAUGAUGGACUCAAAACCAAUGCCUUUGAAAGAAAGUAUCGACUGCAUGUUCAAUUUCGGUUCUGAUGAGGACAGGCUGCGCCUUGCCGAGUAUGUUGAGCGCAUUCAAGACAUCUAUUCGCUCCGCAUCGAUGGCUUGGAUCCCAUGCCAAAGAAAACCUUGAAGAAGUUGAAAAUGCAGCAGAGAUGA